AUGAGUUACUUUCAGGUGUUGGUAGAGCGAGCGACGUCAUUGAUUUUCAUGCUGAUGUCUGUAUUCUUCAAUGCUUCAGUUUCCAGGUGCAAAGACAAAGAAAGUUUAUUCCUCUCCGCUGAUCCACACUAUUUCUCAAAAGUUCUUUCCACGCGGAUAUAA